AUGGAAAGAUUUUCUUCACGACCUCAAGGCCGGCGACAUCGAGCAACGCGCGAAGAACGUUUCGUGGCACAGUCUUGGGAAGCCCUUCGUGCUUCGGGCAACCCUGUCUAUGAUAUCGCGCGUGAGUAUGCCGACAUCUUUCCGGAGAAUAUCCCCGCUGAGCUUCCAGCGGAUCGUGGUGUGCGACACAAGAUCGAUCUCGUGCCAGGAUCGAAGUAUUGCGUGACGCGGCAGUGGCCGCUACCGCGUGACCAAGUCAUCGCAAUUGAUGAACUUUUUGAGGGCCGCCGUAAGGCAGGACACGUCCGCGAAAGCAUAUCGCCACAUUCGAGUCCGACUUUCUGUGUGAAGAAAGCCACCGGCGGUUGGCGCAUCGUGCAUGCUUUUAACAAGUUGAAUGACGCCACGAUCCCGGCUCAAACACCAAUUCCUCGGAAAGACAUGGUACUGGAUACCAUGUCCGGCAGCGAGAUUUUUAGCGCCAUAGACCUGACAGACGGGUUUUACCAGAUUUUAAUGAGGGACAGUGAUAUCCCGUUCACCGCUGUCAGCACACCGAGUGGGAUGCUUUGGGAGUGGCUAGUCAUGCCACAAGGCCUUAAGAACGCUCCAGCAACGUUCAACCGGAUGGUGACACAAGUGCUUCGGCCACUACGUGAUUUCGCUCCAAGUUAUUUCGACGAUAUUUUUGUUCACAGCCGCGCUGAGCAACAAAUCAGCGCUACGGAGGUCCACCUUCGGCAUUUGAAACAGGUGUUCCAAGUGAUGCGCGAGAACAAACUGUACGCAAAUUUGAAGAAGUGUGUCUUCUGUGCUCCCGAGAUUCCAGUUCUUGGAUGCUAUGUUAGCAAGGAGGGUGUCCGUGCUGAUCCCGAGAAAGUGUCAUCGAUAUGUUCCUGGCCUACGCCCAGGAACCAAACGGAACUACGCCAAUGGCUUGGCUUGGCCAAUUACUUGCAUAAGUAUACGAAGAACUAUGCAGAACUAAUCCAGCCACUAUCGACUCUACUGAAGAAAGACGCAGUUUGGUCAUGGAAAGCUGAACAUCACUCUGCCUUCAACUCUGUGAAAAAGAGCUUGUCUGAAGCACCAGUGCUGAUGUUGCCUGAUGAUUCCAAGCCAUUUCACGUCGUCUGUGAUGCGAGUAAUUUCGCUAUUGGAUGUGCCCUCAUGCAGUUUGACGAUGAGGGCCGAGAGCGCGUCGUGAGCUUUCAGUCACGACAGAUGAAACCCGCAGAGCGGAACUAUCCGGUACAUGACAAGGAACUUUUGGCUAUGCGUUACGCGCUGAUCAAGUUCAGAGUAUAUUCGCUCGGCGAGAAGAUGUUUUCGGUCUAUACAGAUCACGCAUCAUUGCGUACCGCCGUCAAGACUCCCCACUUGUCCCAGCGUAUGGCACGUUGGUUGUCAUACUUCUCAGAGUAUAAUUUCGUGGUCUUUUACAAACCCGGCAAGAACAACAUUCUUGCUGACGCGCUUUCUCGACGUCCCGAUUAUGAUCCUCGACGUGACAUGGGUCAUCAGCCAGGCAUUGCUGAAGACGAGGACGACGACAUUUGUUUAUGCUGUGCUGAGCAGGGGCUCAAUGCAAUGAUUUCGACACCUGAGCUGUCAAUCCGGACUCAAAUCGCUGAGUCAUAUGCGAACGAUUCAUUCUACACGGGAAUCAUCAAUUAUCUUCGACACCCUAGUGAGGGUUCACUCGCGAAGUUGACGAAACCAACGCGUGACAACAUCAAGCGGUACGCGCUUGAUGGUCCGCUGCUGACCUAA